AUGUGUAGACAUCCUCGGCCUGUUCGGGAAGGCUGGGUUGUCCCUACACGACCAGAGGGGUUUGAAAGCCUGAGCAAAGAGGAACAGAAGCAGAUUGAUGAAGAUUUAGAAAGUGAGACUAUUCACAAAUACUACGAGGCGCAGGUGUAUAAGCGAGCACCUCUUCAUUGGGCUAUGCUCCAGCAACCGGCAAUCUCUAUCCUCCGGAAACCUGUUUGGCUCGUGAGCGGAGUGUGGGAAAACCGAGACCUAUUCUUCCUUCGCGAAGGGCUCAUGAACAUUGUAGCCCAAUGGAGCGAGUUCUUCCCGAACACCUCUUGCCCGAUCGAUUUCAGCAGCGAGGGAAUCGAGCUCCAGUCUAAGGAAGAGGAAAACAUCAAUGGAGUCGGACGUAUGUUAUUAAUGUUCAGAGAGCAAGCUGUACUCCCUGUGGAUGGAAUGGUUAAACCUGAAGAUUACGAUCUGGCUCAUGAGAAUAAUCGCAAGUUCAAAGAUAUCUUCAUUGGGCUGGCGAAGGUGAAGAAGAAAAGGAGCUGUUCAGGAAUCUAUGGCCGUACUAAGAGUCUGGGAAUAUCUGAGAUUUAG